AUGGUGGGUCGGAAUAACGACUCUCUCAUCUUCAAACACUUGUCCACCACCCAGGCCGGGUGCUGUAAGCCGCCCGAGUAUUGUGGAUUUACGAUGAAGAAUGCUACGUUUUGGGAAGUGCCCAAGUCGGGUUUGGCUGCGAAUAACUCUGAUUGUGCGACAUGGAAUAAUAGACAAGACAAACUGUGUUACGAAUGCAAUGCAUGCAAAGGAGGAGUGUUGGCUAAUAUAAGGAACCAAUGGAGACAUUUAACUGUGUUUAAUGCUAUUGUGCUUGUACUUGUUACGUCAUUUACGCUAUGGGAUGCCAUGCCAUCAGGAACAACCGAACGAUUCGCUCAUUCAACAUCCUUAAUUACUUUAUGUCUUAAGUUUGUUAUUUAUCUAGUUUUUGAAUGCUAUACUGAUGCUAUUCCUUCCGUGCCUUUGACAGGAGCAUUAGGCACAAGUCUUGAACAAAAUUAUUUUGCUCACACACAGACUUGA